UCGCUCACCGGGAAGAUUGCAAUUGUAACUGGUGGUGCCAGAGGUAUUGGAGCUGCCAUUGUCAUGUCACUGGCUUCCGAAGGCGCGAAGGUAGCGUUCAACUACGUUUCUGACAAUUCUGGGUUCAAGGCUCAAGAGCUUGUAAUAUACAUCAAGUCAAAAGGUGGCGAUGCUGUCUGCGUUCAGGCAGACAUGGCAGACCCCGUGGCGCCUCGAAAGAUCAUAGAGGCGACAUUGCAUGGAUUCAAGACCGACCGGAUCGAUCUACUAGUCAAGAAUGCCGGACUGGGACAGAACACGCCUCUCCAAGAUGUAACCAUCGAAGAGUAUGAGAAGCUGAUGAACGUGAAUGUUCGCGCUGUCAUAUUCAUGACGCAACACAUCCUGCCUUACCUCAAGGGCACCUCAAAUCGUAUCGUCAAUCUAUCGUCCAUCUCCGCGCGUGGAGGUUUCGCGACACAAACAGUUUACGCUGCGACAAAGGCUGCUGUCGAAAGUUUUACCCGUGUAUGGGCGAAAGAGCUGGGUCAUUCACACAAAGUCACCGUAAACGCCGUCAAUCCCGGACCGGUCGACACGGACAUGUAUCGGGCAGCUGGCGAGGUUCAUCUUGCGAUAAUGGAGGAGCAGAACAAGACCGUACCGGCCGCACCACGCUGUGGAACAGGAGAAGAUGUCGCUGACAUUGUCACAUUCUUGUGUGGUGAAAAAGCACGUUGGAUUACCGGUGAUGUCAUUUGUGCGAAUGGAGGAAUGCUUUUCACUUGA